UAAAAAAAUAGCAUGCAUGCGUUGAAGGAAAACUUUAUGAGAAUGCAAAUAUUUGAGAAUAGUGACCAAAAGGAUAAAUUUUUGAAUGAUGUAAUGAAAAAUGUAGAAAUAUAUGAUACAGAAUCUAUAAGAAAGGUAACUCAAUAUUAUGCUUGGAUUUAAUUUAACUUUUCCUAUUGUAGGCCUUUGAAUAUAUUUUUAAAUAUGAUGGUAUGCUGUAAAAAUAAAUUUAAUAGGUUAACAAAUAGUCGGAUGCAAACAAUAUACAAGUUAAAAAAAUUAUAAUUGAAAUUUUGAAGCAUUUUCGCCUACUUGAAUAAAAUUCGCUUUGUCAUGGAAAUAUUAAACCAGAAAAUAUCAUACUUAUAUUUUAAGAUUAUACCAAUGAAAUAGAGUCAAUUAAUUUUACAAACUAUCUGUUCUAAUAAAAUUAAAAAGAUGAAGAAAAUAUUAAAACAAUAGUCUUAAAUUUAUUGAAUUAAAUUGGUUAUCAAGAAUUAAAUUAAGAUAACAUCAAAAACAAAUCAAUGAGAGACAUCUUGGAAGAAAUUUACUAAAUGUAAUGAUAUUAUUUAAGAGAUAGAAAUCUAGAUGUGGGAAAUAAAUGGUUAAACAAAAUUACUUCUUGGGGUUAGAAUGCGAGUCUUUUUGGUUAGACUGGGUCUGUCAAAGGCUAAGCAAGAAAAAUUAACGAUUGGAGUAUCUAAUUUAAGGGAGAAAUUGAAAAUAAAAUUAGGGAAUUUAAGAAUGAAUAAAUUGAAAUAUUUUAACAGGAACGUGAAGAAAAUUGUAACAUUAAUUGCGAAGAGCAAUUACAAACAGAAGAAGAAUUGAGAUAGACAAAUAAGUAUGAAGUUAGCGAAACAGAUAAUUAAGAUUAGCAAGUGAAAAAUAGGAGUAAAGAAACGAUUGAGUAAGAAUGGUUGAAACUAAUCAAAAAAUAAUAAGAGGAAUUUUUCCUACAACUUACUGAUACCAUUGUACAAAAUACUGUCGAAAAAGUUACUUCAGAAUGUUUUGAUCAUCAAAGUCUCUAAUAAAAGAAUGAGAAAUUUAAAGACUCUUUUAAAGUUAUCAACAAAGUGGAUCUGGAUUUCAUAAUUGACAAAUAUUCUGCAACUAGUGUUAUAAUUCUAGAAAAGUUAUUGGAAAUUUUCAAGGGCAUCUAUACUACUUUUUUAGAAGAAUGGAAAAAAAUUACUGAUUAGCACUACAAAGAGUAUAAGUUUGAUUUCGAUUUAUAAUUUGAGGAUUAGGUUAAAGAACAUUUUGAUGAAUUACUAAUUAUAAUUUUUAAAUACUCAUUUGUUUAACAGAAUUUUGUCAACUAUAACCUUUUGGAAGAGCAGAAAUUAAUUGAAAAGCAAUUUCAUGAGUAUUACGAUGAUUGGAUUUCAUACAAAAUAUUAGAUCUAAUUAACAAUUUAAUAUGAGGAUCAAAAAUGAAGACUUAAAGUGAUAUUUUAUUAUUGAAAUCAACAAUACAC